AUGUCGACUGCUGUAGCCUCGCCCGCUAUCGCCCCAUUGCCACUUGACCGACAUCCAAGCCCAAGAAGUUACCCUCCUUUGGCUCCUUCGGCUAGUGCGCCGCCGAAAGAGAAGGCCACCGAUGCAGCAUCGACUUCGGAGACAAGUGCUCCCAGCAAUCCCAAUGACAGAACCCCGACGGAUGGCAAAAGAUCUCCGAGAUCUGCCAGAAGUUCCGGCCAUCCUAAAAUCAUUGUCAAGAAAGAGCCUCCCGCGUCUCCCUCGCUUCAAGCCAGCACCCGCCACAGACCUAAGAAGCUGGAUUUGAACACAAACACGGCCGCCAUCUCCGCCGGUAUUAAUUCUCGGCCCUCGGCAACACCAUUGACUGCGAGGGACGGACUGAGGAUGCAUGAUGUCGGUUUGGCCUGUUUGUCCCCGGGCUUUCAAACCGAAGACCCUGCUAUGCGAGAGCAAUUGGAACGCAGUAUAUCUGUCCGAGACCAACAGCGAUCAAUCAUCCAAGCGAGACUACUCAAAUCCGCCCGAGGGGAUGGACCUGAUUCGGGAAAGGCGAUUGAAGCGGCCAGCUCAGCCAACAAGACCAUCUCAGCCAGUGCGAAGAAAAGACCUCCUCCAGGUUUAUCCAUUGUCCCUCCCCCGGCCGAGCGCUUUGCCAAUGAACGAGUCAUUCAAUCGGCACCGUUGAAUCAAACCUUUACUGGCAGGCAUGAAGCCCACCCGCCAUCCCGACAAGUCAGUAAUCAGCAGUCGAAUCUGUCUCAAACUUCUCAUAUCCAUCACAUGCCGGCCAUCCAGACCAACAAUCGAUUGCCCCCGAUCACUGACGUCUUCGGCGCCAAUGAACUGAACCCCGGUCCUGCCCGACCACCCUUCCUUCAGACCAACUCGGCUCCGUCGCAAAGUCAUGGGCCCCCUCUCCCCUCCCCAGGUUUCCCACCCCAGACUGCUCAUCCAAUGUCUCAACCGCCCCUGCCGCCUUUCGACCGACCUCGCGAGUACAGAUCUGCCGAAGAGGCCGUGCACGAGCUGAUUGGGGGUCGAGAGGACUUAUUGCCGAAGAUUGUCCACUAUGGCGGGCACCAGCCACCAACACCUCCUUCUCCCCACCCGGGUCAUAAGGAUAAUCUUACACCUCAUCACUACCAGCCCAACAACAACUAUACCACCAGUAAAAGGAGGAAUCGGAAUGAGUACGAAGAAGGAAGCAGUCCGCCCCUAGGUAGCGGGCGGGAACGUGUCCCCUACAAUGGGCCUUUUGGUGAAGGAAGAGAUAGCCCGGCCACGCAGACGGCGAAAAAGGAGGAAUUUUUGAGUUUGUGCUCGAGAGCGUGGGACUUGUUCCACUCUUGA